AUGGCGGCUGCAGAUGAUCCAACUGAGAUUGGUGUCGACUUUUUGCAGUGUACUAUCUGUCACGACACCUUUAAGGAGCCAAAGAUCCUUAUUCCCUGUCUUCAUACUUUCUGCAAGAUAUGUUUGAAGGAAUGUGUUGCUACAGAGGAACCGGUUGGUUAUCUGUCUUGUCCAAUCUGUCGUCAGGAGGUUCAACUAACUCAAAAUGGAGUCGAGAGGCUAAGGGAUAACUCGUUCGUAGCUAGUCUUGUCGCCGCUGUGCAGGAUCACAUCAAGAUAGGAGAAAACCCCAUGCAGAUCCUCUGUUCUCGCUGCGAUGCCGGGGCCGUGGCGGCCUGUAGGUGUGUGGAGUGUGCCGAGUUUCUCUGUCAGGGUUGCGAGUCCGCUCAUCGCCGUCUGAAGUCUACUAACGGACACACGCGCCUGACCAUCGACGAGCUCCAAACAGGGCAACACGACGACAAACUCCGCAGGAAAAAGACCCCUCAAUGCGAGGUCCAUCCCGGUAAGACCGUGCGGUUGUUCUGCACGACGUGCCAAGUUCUCAUCUGCCGGGUCUGUGCCGGUACCAACCACCAAGAGCCUACGCACCAACACGCGGAGUUGGGCCAAGCGGCAGCCGAGCGGAAGAAGCUAAUCAAAGAUCUCAUCAAGCGAUGCCAACGGCAGGUACACAACCUACACAAGCAUGAGAAGAUACUGUCAAAGAUGGAGCCAUACCUCGAGCAAAACGAAGAGAAAGCAAAAUCGGAGGUUACUAAGAACAUGAAACGGCUCAUCGACAUCAUUCAGCAGGAAGAAACUGUCAUGCAUAACGCUAUCACCCAGGCUGCAGAACAGCAAAGAAAGAAAUUACAAGACAAGCUGGAUGUGAAGCAAACCUCGCUCGCAAGCACGAAGACAACGUGCGACUUCGCGACAGCAUUAGCAAGGGAAGGGGACAUCUUUGAACUGCUGACCUUCAGCAAGGACAUAGAGCAACGUCUUCGCAGCAUCGCAGAGCAAUCCAGCACAGACCCUGAUGCUGACUUGACAAAAGUCGCCGUACAGUACGACAGUCUCAAACUACAGCUUAAAAGUGAAUUUCCCAAAAAUGCCAAGUACCGCAUGUCUCACAAAGAACUGAAGGAGAUUGCGGGAUCAUCAGACAAAUCAGUGACAACAGCAGGGCUAUUGGAACCUAUGCGGCAACGUUCCAGGAGUUGGAGUCCACCUGUAGCUGUUCGACCACCAGAAGACCUCCCCCUCCAGCACGGGCAGAGUGUGGCUGACAUCGUGUGGCACCUCAUGGGCCGGUAG